AUGGAAACCCAUCACAUCUGGGAUUUGCUGUUCCUCUUUCUCCUAGGAGCCUCCUCCUUGACUAUGGCACAAAAUUUGCAUUGUCACAAGGGUGUAUCCAUGAACGUAGAAGAGGAUCCAGGCAGCAUGUUUAACUGGACCACAGAGAAAGUUGAGACUUGUGACAACGGGGCACUCUGCCAGGAGUCCGUGCUGGUAAUUAAAUCAGGGGCCAAGACAGCGGUUUUGGCCACGAAGGGCUGCAUCUCCGAAGGAACACAGGCAAUGACGUUUGCCCAGCACUCUCCACCCCCCGGCAUAAUCACGGUCUCUUACAGUAACUACUGUGAGGAUCCCCUUUGCAAUAACCAGAAGGACUUAAAGGAGUUAUGGAGGCCAGGUGUGAUCCCAGCUUCCAAUGUGUCAACAACCCUCCGCUGCCCAACCUGUGUGGCUUUGGGGACCUGUUUGAGUGCGCCUUCUCUUCCCUGUCCCAAAGAUACAAAUCGAUGUUAUCAAGGAAGACUUCAGAUCAUUGGAGGAGACAUCAACUCAGCUUUGGAGGUCAAAGGCUGUACAUCCGUAACUGGUUGCAGGCUGAUGUCUGGGAUCCUCACAAUAGGACCCAUGUGGGUGAAGGAAAUAUGUCCAUACCAUUCUCUCAUUCAUCCCCGAAAGAUUGAAAAUGGGGCCACUUGGCUUUCCAUUUCAGUUGGGAGGUUUGAGCUCCUGCUGCUGCUGCUGCUGCUGCUGUUGCUGCAAUUGCUUGUCCUUUGUUCCUGA